AUGGCUGCAAGUCUUCAUUCAUCUGAUCCUGCAGAAGAAGGCUACAUCGACAUAGAAGUCAGCUCACAUUCGAACUUGUUCUGCCACUUACAAAGUUCUCCUCCAUUCCCCCUAGAAUUUGAGUUCCAAAUGUUUUCAAGCUCCGCAGAGAGAGACACCACCACCUCACCAGCUGAUGAACUCUUUUACAAAGGAAAGCUCCUCCCCCUUCACCUCCCUCCUCGUUUGCAGAUUGUUGAAAAUUUCCUACAGCACCCCAACUCUUAUGACUACAAACCAGACACCCCCGACGAAAAUUUUUUAGCACUCCUUUAA